GGCAGAGAUACGCAUUAUCGCACAAACAAACAAACAAGUUUCCGCAGGAAAAAAUAAAAAAUAAAAAAAAGAAAAGGAAAUUUCAUGGGAAGUUCGAUGAAUAGUGUGUUCUCUGCGGACGACUUCUCUGACUCGUUCUGGUCCUCGCCGGGAGGGACUCCGCCUCGGUUUCCGGAUCCGCUUAAUGAGUUGCCGAUGAACCGGAGCCUAUCGGAGUGGGCUCUCCAGAGGUUUUUGGCUGAGGUGUCAGGUUCGCCUGGUUCGAUUUCCGCGGCAUCGGUUGUAGCUCCUUCCGUGGUGACGCAAUCAACACCGUCGAUAACUGAAGCUUCUGUGGUGACACAAUCGACGGCGUCGAGAACUGAUGCUUCUAUGGUGACGCAAUCGAGGGCGUCCAGAAAUGAUAAUUCGGUGGUGACACAAUCGACGGUGUUGACAACUGAGGAAGGCGGUGAUGAUGACUUGGUGGAGAUCAAGACGCCCCCGUAUCAAGAUCAGGCUCUUCCUGGACCGUUGGAUCGAUGUGCUAAUUAUGAUGAUUACCAAGCUUAUCUCAAAAGCAAACUCGAUCUCGCUUGCGCUGCUGUUGCUCUUAGGGGGUCGGUUGUGAAGCCAGAAGAUAAACCUUCAUCUUCUUUAAUUGAGAAUCAAAGACAGGCUCUGUUGGGAUCUCAAGCUCCUGUGGCACAACACAAGACUGAUGGUGGGCCACUUGGCACUACACCCUUACCUGCUAUGCAAGGGAAAUCAGGGGUACAAGUCGGGCAAGCAGUUAGUGCCUCAUCAAGAGAAGAUUCAGAUGAUGAUGAGCUUGAAGGAGAUACAGAGGGUUCUGAUCCUCUGGAUGACAAACGUGCUAGAAGGAUGCUGUCAAAUCGGGAGUCAGCUAGACGCUCUAGGAGAAGAAAGCAAGCCCAUUUAAGUGAACUGGAAGCACAGGCUGGUCAAUUGAGAGUUGAUAAUUCUUCUUUACUGAAAGGCCUGACCGAUCUGAAACAUAAAUGUGAAGAAGCUACUGUCGACAAUAGAAUAUUGAAAGCUGACAUUGAGACAUUGAGAGUAAAGGUGAAAAUGGCUGAAGAAACAAUGAAGAGAUUGACAGGGGUGAACCCAAUGCUUUUAGCCAAGCAUGAUGCCAAAUUUGCAUUGAUCGACAGUCUAGUGGAAGCAUCUACAAAUGCAACCUUAUCGAUGCAACUAAACCCAAACCAGUUCUUUCACCAACCAGGUCCAAGUAUUGCUACUAGCACCCCGAAUCUCCAUAAUUUGGAUCAUGUUAUCCCAGAAAACACCCAAGGUUCCGUUGGAAAUCUGCAAAAUGACAGCAGUGGAAAAAACAGUGCUGAAGCAUCCACCUCGCCGCAUAUGGUUAACAGAGAGCUUGUGCACCAGCAGAUUGUUCAUAUGGUCAAUCCAUCUGGGUCCAGGGCCAUGCCUGGUUGGGACUCUGGACUUCCUCAUGCAAGUGUUGGUAAGAACAUUGAGAAGCAGAAUUAGAUUUAGUUUGGCCUAAAUAAAUCUGUCAUCAAUGAGGAAUUGGCUUAAAAUUAAAGGUAAUCUUGUGGAACAGCGGUAGGUUUAUAUUUGUUAUUGAAGUAUGACAUCUUUUUAUUAUUUUUCAUUCCAAAUCUGUUCUCAAUUUUUGUCUUCAUUCUACUUCAUAAAGAGAAAUAUAGUUCUUUA